CAAUGGCUCAUCUGAAGCUUCUUCUUCUUCUUCUGUGUGUUGGCAUCACAGUCAGCACAGGAGUAGAUUUGCACAAAAGGAUCUAUGGAGGCCAAAAGUGUCCAGACUCUGAGCGUCGGUAUCACGUGAAACUAAAGGCAAAACAUGGAACAAGUGGAAAAACAGUAUAUCUCUGUGGUGGCUCACUGAUCCAUGAACGGUGGAUUCUGACUGCAGCCCACUGCUGGGAAAAUGAAACUGGAUGGAAUAUAGAUGACGUUGUUCAGGUGGCAGGCUUUGGGAAUUACCAGGUAGAUAAGAACAACAAUGACAUCCCUGGCCAACCACCUCAUCUAAAGUGUGCAAACAUGCAUGUUGUUGACUGUGAGCCUACCAGAAAAUCUAAAUGUAAUUCAAAUGUGCCAUAUAACAACAGGCUGUGUCUGAAAGAACCUAAUGUAGAUACACGUGGGGGUGAUUCUGGUGGUGGAGUGAUUUACAACAACAUGAUUUAUGGUGUAAUCAAGGGCGGUGGUGUACAUGCCUGUACCAGACCAGCUGUUACUGUGAAUGUCUGUCCUUACAUGAACUGGAUAAACCAGAAAAUUGCUCAAAAUAAUGGGAAAUAACUGAAUGAAAAUAACAUUCAGAAUAAACAAUCAUCUCUACAUGAAA